AUGGCAGGUAUACCGUCGCCGCUUCAGGUAGGAUCGCCUGUCUCGGGGCGAAAGCCAUCAGUAGAUACCGUCCCUACUGCACUCCGCGCGGGGUCUCCAGCAACGGAACACACAAAGGCGCCAUGGCAUAGUCGACCACCACUUACGCGCAAGAAUACAUCAGGCUCGAACAGACUCUCAGAACUCUUCCCCUCCAGACCCUCGCCAGUAUCCCCUAUCAGCCCCCUAAUGACUACCGAGGCCUCUAGACGCACUUCAUAUCCAUCUCCUCUGAUACCUGCUGCUGAGUCUCGACGAACAUCUUUGAGCUCGACGCCCCCAGCGCCGCCUUCUUUCUACGCAAAUACCACAUACGAACCUUCAGCGAAUCCCUUCGAGGCUCAAGGCGCGUCAGCAUCAUUACAGAGCAGAAGCGGUACUAGGAAGUUACUAAACCGGCUCACGUCGCUGCGAGGUGUGUCAACUCGGGGCGGAAGCUACAACCGCAUCAACGAUAAGGAGUCAGAUCUAGGCAGACGUCAUUUGGGAGGUGUGAAAGAAGAUGAUGAGUCUAUCGGCCACCUUCAAGGUGGUGCCUAUGCUGUACAGAUGGACCGGAUUGACUCAUCGAAGAAGAUGAGCAGUACUGUGGACGCUGUGGAGCAUCAACGUGACCUGAGUGAGGCCGGCUACGCUGCUGAGUAUGAACGACUUGAAAGACAACUGGGUGCCGGCAUGAGCUCGAUUACGGAGAAGCCUUUCACAUACACUCCAGCACCACUAGGACCUGGGAGCUAUUCAAGACAACCACGCGGGUUACCGAACACUAAAAUCUCCGCCUUCCAAGCUCAGGACGCACAGAAGGAGGCUGAGAAGACUGGAGGCAUUGUUGCUGUUGCCGAAAUUCCUGUCGACAUCAGUGAAUCAUUUAGUGGCGGCGAUUUCGAGGCGCGGAGUAUGAUGAUUAGCUCCACACGCCUUGAUAAGGACGAAGCCCAGAAAAGUUACUUCUUUCCAAAAGACCCGGAUAUGCCGUCGUGGCGUCCCUUGACAAUGGGCUUGCCGUGGCUUGCAAUGCUGGUGUUUAUCGCGCUGGCCUUGGCUGCUCUUCAAGAAUACCUGUGUCGACUAUCCAAGAAGAAGGCAGAAGAGGGUCACGGACUAGCAGAGUUCAAGAAGGCGGACGAUCUGAGUCUCGGAGCUUUCUUCAUUUGGAAAUAUGUGCCCAUCAUCGCCUUCGUCUUCUAUGGUAUACUUUGGCAGAUGUCGGAUUUUGAAGUGAAGCGACUGGAGCCUUAUUACCAGCUCAGCCAGAAGACGGGCGCUACGGCGGGAGAAUCACUCAACAUGGAUUAUCUUACCUUUAUGAGCUGGCUUGUUCCGCUCAGAGCCCUGCGACACAGGCAAUAUGCGGUCAUCUGGAGCUCUUUGGGCACUCUGAUUGCCAGUAGCUUGGUUCCUGUGCUGCAGUCAGCUUCGAUCACGGUGUAUCCACUCAAGGAAGAUCGCAUAAGCAAAGACCCAAAGUACAUUCGCAUUGAUGCGCCAUGGUCACGAGCCGUCUCAGGAUGCCUGGUCUUCGUUGCUUUCUGCGGAGGAGCGUUGAUGUACGCAAUGCGCCGUAGAAGCGGACUCCUCUCUAAUCCUCAAGGUAUUGCUGGUGUUGCGGCCAUGGCUACCAGGAGUCAUAUUCUGACAGAUUUCCAUGGUCUUGAUGAAGCGCCGCUUGAGAAGAUACACAAGCAGCUACGCCACCGCCGCUACAUCUUACACAAAAGCAGCCUAUGGCAGGGAGAGUAUAUCCGCAACGCCAAGGACAAGCACCAUGAGCACAGUGCAGACCCUCGGCCUCUGAUGUUGCGUCUGGUUUCUGGAGUACCUUUCGUCGCUUAUAUCAUACUCGUCACUGCCGCGGUUCCCGUGCUCACAUUCAUGGAAGCGACCAGUGUUGUUACGGACAAGAUACCUUUCCUUUUGACCGGCCUCGCGACAAUUGUCAAAAUCCUUUGGAACACUAUGAACUGCGACGUCCGCAUGCUACAGCCGUUCUACAUACUCUCCAAGCGACGCGCCCCAGCCAAGACACUCACUCUCGACUACGCCGGCACAAACCCCCUGUUCCUACCCUUCAUCGCCAUCUUCAACCGACACUGGCUCGUAGCCCUUGUCGCUUUCGGGUCUGUCCUCGCCGAAGUCCUAACCGUCUGUGUCUCCUCCAUCACCGUCGACGGCACGCGCUUCAUUCCGGGAAGAGGAGGCGACGACGACAAGAAGCAAGACGCGAAAGACCGCCACAAUCAAGAGCAGACAUUCCGCUCCUUUUGGGUCUCGCUCACCCUCUCCAUACUCAUCCUUCUGUACCUCAUCACCAUCGCCAUCCUGACGUACAUGCGGCGCUCGCACAAGUUCAUGCCGCGACAGAUCGGCACCAUGGCAUCCGUGCUCGCCAUGAUCCACCAGUCCAAGAUGCUGACGCGCAGCUUCGUCGACACGGAGAAACUCACCAGUAGCCAGAUGACCAGGCAUCUCGAGAAGCAGGGCAAGACGUACGCCCUGGGAUGGUUUACCGGGCGGGACAACGACGAGCAUCUGGGGAUCGAUGAGGAGCCGGUCACGAGGAAGUAUGUGUAUGGUGAAAAGUGGAGGAGUACGAGGGUGUUGGGGAACCAGAUUGGGACGUGGGAGCAGUAUUGA